UAGGCACCUAACUCAUAAACUGUAAACACUAAACAACUGCAAUAAUCUAAUAUCUUUACUUCAAAAUUAGGAACCGUUUGAUUAUCGGCAGAAUAUUUUGCGCUCAACUAGCGUAGAUACACGCCAGAAAAGGAAGAAGAAAGUACCGUCACCUAAUAUGUUCAGUAAUGUUAAUGUGUAGUAAAUUCUUAUAAUCAGUAUAUUUCGGAUUGCUAAAAUGAAGAUCUUUGUAUAUUUGUUAUACUUUUUGAUGUACUUAAAGAAAUCAAAUUCUAUAAAUUUAGAGAAUAUAAAUCUUCCCUCAGAACAUUUUCCUUAUUUCUUUAAUACUUUUACUGAAAUAGCAAAACAAUGUGCUGAUGACUCCGAAUGUCGAUAUAGAAAUUUAGUUGACAAGAAAGCUUGUUGGGGUUAUGAAACUAAUUGUACGAAAAGUAAUUCUUAUCAUGUUAGACCUACUUGUCCAGGAGAUCAUAGAGGGUGGGUAAAAACAAAAGAAGCGCAGUUUGAUACAUUUUAUACCCAAGCCGAUUUUGGGUAUAUUAAAGAACAAAUUCAAGAAUUGAUGGUAAUCUGUGAAGCUACUUAUCCUCAUGAUAGUUCAUUAGAAUGCUCCAAAUAUUUAAGAUUCUGUAGAGGUCGCAACUUAAUGCUUAAUUUUCAUGGCCUGGUGGGUCGAGGUGACAAUCUAAGGUAUAAAAUGGAUAUACUUGGUCCUGGUCAAAUAGGUGGUUAUUGCCAGUUAUAUUCCGAACGCUUAAUGAAAGAAGCAGAACACAUGAGUGCUCUGCAGUCAUGGGCACCUGAGUUUGUAAAUUUUGUUAAAACAUCACAAAGACCCAUUCAAGAUGGACUGUGUGAUAUAACAAUAGAUAAGCCUACCUAUAUUAUGAAACUAGAUGCAGCUGUGAAUAUGUAUCAUCAUUUCUGUGACUUCUUCAAUUUAUAUGCAUCACUUCAUGUGAAUUCUACACACCCGUCAACAUUUACGAGAGAUAAUCACAUACUCAUUUGGGAAACAUUCACUUAUGAUUCAGCAUUUAAAGAUGCUUUUAAGGCAUUUACUAUCAAUCCUAUUUGGGAUUUAAAAGAAUUUAGGGGCAAAGUAGUCUGUUUUAAAAAUGUUGUGUUUCCUCUUCUACCGCGCAUGAUAUUUGGACUUUACUAUAAUACACCUUUGAUAUAUGGAUGUGAACGGAGUGGAUUAUUUCAUGCUUUUUCUAAAUAUAUACUUCAUUCUUUAAAUGUCAAACUGUACCCCAGAAUAAAUGACAAAGUACGAAUUACAUUACUAUCAAGAGGAACAACAUAUCGCACAAUACUCAAUGAAAAUGAGAUUGUUGAAGCACUUUUGAAAGUAAAGGGCUAUCAUGUACAGAGAGUUGUGUAUGACAGAACUGUGCCAUUCACUGAACAGCUAGAAUUAACGCACAACACUGAUGUUUUCAUAGGAAUGCAUGGAGCUGGUUUAACUCAUUUAUUAUUUUUACCUGACUGGGCGGCUGUGUUUGAAGUAUAUAAUUGUGAAGAUCCGAACUGCUAUUCUGAUUUAUCGCGACUUCGAGGACUUAAGUAUGUCACGUGGGAGAACAAAACAAAAUUAGUGCAGCAAGACCAGGGUCAUGGACCUGGUGGUGUUUCGCAUGCUAAAUUUACAAAUUAUUCGUUUGACGUUGAAGAGUUUUUGCGGUUAGUGGAAGUUUGUGCAACAUACGUUCGAAAUCGACAGGAUUUCACUAACUUCGUAGCAGCAUCCAUGAAAAAGUUGCACGAAGAAUUGUAAUGUUAUUAUUUUUAUAACUUUUCUCGAAUAUGUGAUAUUUACAUUUAUAUCAAGUGCCGUAAGUUAAGCAUAUUUUUUUACGUAACACUUUAUAUCUCCUAACAUAAAGCUUGAUUAAAACAUUAAUAAUUAUUCAAUACUAUCGUAUGUGCUGGAAGCAACCAAUAUAUUUUGUGUCUUAUUAUGUCUGAUGGUAGUUAUGAUACUCGAUAAUAUUAAUAAUAUUAAUUAUAUGGACAUUUUAAAAAUCACGUACGUGUUAAUUUUUUGUAGAUAUUGUUUGUAUUUAAUAGAUAAAGCUUUAUUAUAAUUACUUUACGCAGUUUCUAGGAUAAGAAACGAUCUGUGACAAAAACAUUCCUAUAUAUUUUAUAUGCAUUUUACAAGUUGAUUUAUUAUGUUUAAUAAUAUAUGUUAUAAUAAAUUUACUUGUUGUAGUAUUUAAAUCCUCUACUAAUGAUUUGAUUGCUGAAAAAAUAAAUUAUUAUUUGUAACAUUUUGUUAAUGUGUUUAUUAACAAAUUGUACUAUAAAAUUGGUAUCGGAGCAAAAAUAAAAAAAAAAUUCAUGGAACUAAACAAUAAAUUGAUUGUUUCAUUAUUUAUUAUAUUUCAUGUAUUUUUAUCGUUCUCUUUUCUACGAUCAAAGAUUAUUGUAUUUGUUACCUUUUAAAGAAAUUAUAUGAUUAAGAUCUUAUAGGGGAAAACUGAUAUUAAAGUGAUGUCAUGAAAGUGAUCUCAAAAUACAGGUCAUUUUAAUUUAGUGAGUGUCAUAAACGAUUCCAUGAAGUAUGCAGCUUUUGAAACUAUAUUUUCUCUGUCUGUAUAUCCUCAGUUAAUCGGUAUAAUUUUUAUAAUGUGGUCGAUAUUUGUAUUAUUUCCUUAUUGUUAUAAAAAUCGAGGGCACAGUACAUUUCGUAAUAUAUAAAAUUAAAAUAAACAUUAAUAAAGGAUACUUUUAAAAGCAAUUUGGAAUCGUUAGUUAAGAGUUGAAACUCAGUUAACUUUAUAUAAUUAAAUAAAUUAAAUUCUAAAAGGAACGACGUUAACUUUCGACGUUUACGUAUGUAUACAUGAUGAUUAUUCUGUUACUGCUCUUUAAUCUUAAUUAAACUUACAAAUUUUAGUAAAUGUACUUACAACAAGGCCGUGUUAAAUUUAGUUUAACUAUUUUUUUAUUCGGUAUCAAUAUGACGGAGGAUCUUGAUAUCUUGCUUGGCUUACGAGUUAUAAUAUUACGUACUAUUUUAAAAUAAUAGUUUAUUAAAUAUUUCUAAUAUCCUAAUAUAUUUCGUUCCUUGAACGCAAGGCUCGAUUUCGGAUACGAAAUAAGACAGCUUCAAAGGAGAUUUGUUUCCGAAGAAUCUAAUUUUAAAAAUUAGUGAAACAACCAAUAAAAUAUACCAAUAAGGUACUUAAUUUUAUUGCAACCUGAGAAAGCAAAAACAUUUAAGUAUUAUUUUUUUAUUUGCCUUAUAAAAUAAACUUAUAUCUUGUAAUUAAUAAAUAAUAAAAUACCCAUA